AUGGAUUCUAUCACGGAUAUGAACGACACAUCGAAGGCUUUGGACUUGUCCAGCAUUCGCUUUCAGUUGAUUCGAUUGGAAGACACAAUCACCUUUCACCUCAUCGAGCGAGUCCAGUUUGCCCUCAACAAGAGAAUCUAUACCGCCGGUGCCAUUGAAAUUCCCAACAGCGACCUCUCCUUCUUCGACUGGUACUUUUUCGAGCAAGAAAAGCUGCAAUCCCUCAUCCGCCGCUACGAAUCACCCGACGAAUACCCCUUCUUCCCCGAAGCUGUCCAAAAACCAAUCUUGAAGCCUCUCGAUUACCCCAAGAUCCUGCACCCCAAUAAUGUCAAUGUCAACGACAAGAUCAAGAAGUUCUACAUUGAAAAGUUUCUUCCAGCUGUCUGUGCAAACUCUGGACGCGAAGACCGUGGCGAGUCCCAAGAACAUUACGGCUCAUCGGCAACCUCGGACUUUGCAUGCUUGCAAGCCUUGUCGCGCAGAAUUCACUAUGGAAAAUUUGUCGCCGAAUCCAAAUACAGGUCUGAUCCUGAAAUGUAUAAGCGUCUGAUAAGGGCCAAUGACCGUGCGGGCAUCGAGGAGAGCAUCACCAACAAGGCUGUGGAGAAGUCGGUUUUGGCGCGGUUGCGACUCAAGGUGCUGACCUACGGUAAGGAUCCUUCUACUUCGCAAGGCGAGGAGGAGCAUGUCAAGAUCGAUGUGGAUGCCGUGGUAUCCAUGUACGAGAACUUUGUUAUUCCGUUGACGAAGGAAGUGGAGGUGGAAUAUUUGAUGCAGAGACGCACUCCGCCGAGGUCGAGAUGCGAGCAUGGUCAGAAAGGCGCAUGGCAAAUAUAG